AUGUCCGUCUCGAGUAAGAUUAAUGUUAUCCUAUUGAUACUCUUAGUCAAAUUUGUUACUACCAAUUCAUCUUCGUAUUCAGCUUGUACAAAACGGCUAGAAAUAUUAUUUAGACAUUGUUUGCUUUCCGCUUUAAUUUCAAAGCGUUGUCUUGGUCUGAACGAAAGGGUCAUUUCUUCUUCUUAUAGUGGCAUUGAAGAAUUGAAGAAACUUUGUAAUUCAUGUAGAGGCUGUGAAGUUUCAUUUAUGAGUUGUUCAGUUAGUAAACUGGACUCUAUUGACAACAGAGAAUGUUCACAAGCUAAAAUGUAUUCAAAUACGUUUCGUAGAAAACUUGCAGCCAAAUAA